CUCAGAAAGACACCGGGUCCUGGAGCUCAGAGGGGUGCAGCACACGAGGGAUGGGCGCCGGGGGCUACGGGCAGACCUCUGGGUGGACACUAAAUCUCGGCGCUGCUCAGUUGACUGGGAUUUCCCUCUCUGGCCCCUGGGAAUCUCGGCUCCGAGCCCCGCAUUCCAGACGGCUCCAGCCCCCUUUCCGCUGUCACUUGACUCCGCUGGGCCCCAGCCCUGCAUCGCUCCCACUCCUCCAGGCCUGGGCUGGGGCGAGGUGGGCAUCACCGACUAGGAAUUUCUCCUGGGGGAGAAGAGGGGCCAGGGUUUCGGGAUUCUACGGUGUCCUCCACUCCGCAAUGGACCUCUCUGCCCGGCCCCGCCGCGCCACCCGGCCGGGUCAGCGAGGGCCCGGGGUGUGGAAUGUCCCACCCGGGCGUGAGGGGCUGCGGCUCCUUCCCUGAGGCCUGGGGCAGAAGGAAGACAUUGCCACGGCGGGCCGCGGGCCGGGGCUCCCCCGGAGCCCAGCCCCGGGAAGGAGGGGCGGAGACCGCCCAGAGAUGUUGCCCCCACCCCCUUAGGCCCAAGGGAUCAGGAACUAUGGGGCCAGAGACCCUCUCAUCUCUGCUGCUGCUGCUGUUGGUGGCAACUGGAGAUGCUGACAUGAAAGGACAUUUUGACCCUGCCAAGUGCCGCUAUGCCCUGGGCAUGCAGGACCGGACCAUCCCGGACUCGGAUAUCUCUGCCUCCAGCUCCUGGUCAGAAUCUACCGCCGCUCGCCACAGCAGGUUGGAGAGCAGCGAUGGGGAUGGGGCCUGGUGCCCCAAAGAGCCAGUGUUUCCCAAGGAAGAGGAGUACCUGCAGGUGGAUCUGCGGCGGCUGCACCUGGUGGCACUGGUGGGCACCCAGGGGCGGCACGCUGGGGGCCUGGGCAAGGAGUUCUCCCCCAGCUACCGCCUGCGUUACUCCCGGGACGGCCACCACUGGGUGGACUGGAGGGACCGCUGGGGUCAGGAGGUGAUCUUAGGUAAUGAGGAUCCUGGGGGAGUGGUGCUGAAGGACCUCGGGCCCCCCAUGGUGGCCCGACUGGUUCGCUUCUACCCCCGGGCUGACCGCAUCAUGAGCGUGUGUCUGCGGGUGGAGCUCUACGGCUGCCUCUGGAAGGACGGACUUCUGUCAUACACGGCCCCCGUGGGGCAGACCAUGUACUUGUCUGAAGCUAUCCAUUUCAACGACUCCACCUACGAUGGAUACACCAUGCCCACCACUGGCGGGCUGCAGUAUGGCGGUCUGGGCCAGCUGGCGGAUGGUGUGGUGGGCCUGGAUGAUUUUAGGAAAAGCCAGGAGCUGCGGGUCUGGCCGGGCUAUGAUUAUGUGGGAUGGAGCAACCACAGCUUCCCCAGCGGCUUUGUGGAAAUGGAGUUUGAGUUUGACCGCCUGAGGGCCUUCCAGGCCAUGCAGGUCCACUGUAACAACAUGCACACGCUGGGAGCCCGCCUGCCUGGCGGGGUGGAGUGCCGUUUCAGGCGGGGCCCUGCCAUGGCCUGGGAGGGGGAGCCUGUGCGCCAUGCCCUGGGGGGCAGCCUGGGGGACCCCAGAGCCCGGACUGUGUCAGUGCCCCUGGGCAGCCGCGUGGGCCGAUUUCUGCAGUGCCGCUUCCUCUUUGCUGGGCCUUGGUUACUCUUCAGCGAAAUCUCCUUCAUCUCCGAUGUUGUGAAUGACUCCUCUACAGCUCUGGGGGGCACCUACCCACCAGCCCCCUGGUGGCCUCCUGGCCCACCUCCCACCAACUUGAGCAGCUUGGAGCUGGAGCCCAGGGGUCAGCAACCCGUGGCCAAGGCCGAGGGGAGCCCGACCGCCAUCCUCAUCGGCUGCCUGGUGGCCAUCAUCCUGCUGCUGCUGCUCAUCAUCGCCCUCAUGCUCUGGCGGUUGCACUGGCGCCGGCUCCUCAGCAAGGCUGAGCGUCGGGUAUUGGAAGAGGAGCUGACGGUUCAUCUCUCUGUCCCCGGGGACACCAUCCUCAUCAACAACCGGCCAGGGCCUCGGGAGCCACCCCCUUACCAGGAGCCCCGGCCCCGUGGCAAUCCUCACCACGCAGCGCCCAGUGUCCCCAACGGCUCCGCGUUGCUGCUCUCCAAUCCGGCCUACCGCCUCCUUCUGGCCACUUACGCCCGUCCCCCUCGAGGCCCGGGCCCCCCCACACCCGCCUGGGCCAAACCCACCAACACCCAGGCCUGCAGUGGGGACUAUAUGGAGCCUGAGAAGCCGGGUGCCCCACUUCUGCCCCCACCUCCCCAGAACAGCGUCCCCCAUUAUGCCGAGGCUGACAUUGUCACCCUGCAGGGUGUCACUGGGGGCAACACCUAUGCUGUGCCUGCGCUGCCCCCAGGGGCAGCCGGGGAUGGGCCCCCCAGAGUGGAUUUUCCUCGGUCGCGGCUCCGUUUCAAGGAGAAGCUUGGCGAGGGCCAGUUUGGGGAGGUGCACCUGUGUGAGGUGGAGAACCCCCAAGACCUCGUCAGCCAUGAUUUCCCCCUUAAUGUGCGCAAGGGACACCCCUUGCUGGUGGCUGUCAAGAUCCUCCGGCCAGAUGCCACCAAGAAUGCCAGGAAUGAUUUCCUGAAGGAGGUGAAGAUCAUGUCAAGGCUAAAGGAUCCUAACAUCAUCCGGCUGCUGGGCGUGUGUGUGCAGGACGACCCCCUCUGCAUGAUCACUGAUUACAUGGAGAAUGGGGACCUCAACCAGUUCCUCAGCGCCCACCAGCUCGAGGACAAGACAGCCGAAGGGGACCCCGGGGACGGGGAGGCUGCCCAGGGGCCUGUCAUCAGCUACCCGAUGCUGUUGCAUGUGGCGGCCCAGAUCGCCUCGGGCAUGCGCUACCUGGCCACACUCAACUUUGUGCACCGGGACCUGGCCACGAGGAACUGUCUGGUUGGGGAAAACUUCACCAUCAAGAUCGCGGACUUCGGCAUGAGCCGGAACCUCUACGCCGGGGACUAUUACCGCGUCCAGGGCCGCGCGGUGCUGCCCAUCCGGUGGAUGGCCUGGGAGUGCAUCCUGAUGGGGAAGUUUACCACCGCAAGUGACGUGUGGGCCUUUGGGGUCACCCUCUGGGAGGUGCUGAUGCUCUGUCGGACCCAGCCCUUUGGGCAGCUCACUGACGAGCAAGUCAUCGAGAACGCUGGGGAGUUCUUCCGGGACCAGGGCCGGCAGGUGUAUCUGUCCCGGCCCCCUGCCUGCCCGCUGGGCCUGUACGAGCUGAUGCUUCGGUGCUGGAGCCGGGAGCCUGAGCAGCGCCCACCCUUCUCCCACCUGCAUCGCUUCCUGGCAGAAGAUGCACUCAACACAGUGUGAACCACGCAGCAGCCACUCCCUUGGGGAGGAUUCAGGGGAAGCCAACGGCACUAAACAAGAGGAGCUCACGGCACCCCUGCUCCAUUCCCCUCCCGACAGUCCAUCACCUCUGACAGGCAGUGUGACCGCAGGUGGGCUGGGCCUGCCAGGGAGCUGCCGCCUCCAUUCCCCCUGGACAAGCUCUCGUGCCCCCUCCUGGCUCUUCUCCUAGAAGCCCCUGCUGCCCACCCAGCUGGCCCUGCGGAUGGGAUCCUCUCUGACCUCUUCUGGCCAUCCCUUGGGGGAAGGCUGGGGGCAAAUAUAGGGCAGACACUGGACACGGCCCAUUGGAGCACCCGGGCCCCCCUGGACAACACUGGUUCCUGGAGAGAUGGCUGUGCCUGUCCCCUCCCCCCUCAGCCUCUCUCUCCGUCACACACUGGACCCCACUGGCUGAGAAUUUGGGGAGUGAGGAGGACAAGAAAGGGAGAAAUGCGCCCUUGGCCGAACUCCUGGAAUUGUUCUCAGCUUUGGUUUCUCCCUCCUCUGAAACACUGGACCUCGGUGGGGGGACCGGCCUCUAAGCCCCGGCCGGCCUUCCUUCCCACCUGCUGCGUUGUAGCUAGGACUUCUCUAGGCCUGUAUGUUUCUGCGGAAUAAAUGUUGGGAUUGGGGGGAAGAGGGAGCAAAGGUCUGUGGCCCUGGGGUUGGACAUCUCUGUUGUAGCUACCACAUUGGUUUUUCUAUAAUCACUUGGGGUUUGUACAUUUUUGGGGGGAGAGACACAGAUUUUUACACUAAUAUAUGGAUCUAGCUCAAUACAAUUUUAAUCCCCUGCACUAGGCAGGUAAUAAAAGGUUGAGUUUUCCACAACUGUGAGUGGGUUUCUUGGGG